AUGGCGUUUAGUUUCGGCUUCUCGGGCGACGACAUAGAAGAGGAUCCCAACGAUGUGCAAGAGCACGAGGGUCAACAGCAGACGGCGGCGGAAAGCAACAUGCCGCCGCCGCUUCCAGCCAAAGCACAUGACAUACAGGAAAUGCUCUCGACGCUCCCCGACAAAAUCUCCUUCUCAACCCUAACCCUCACCUCGCCCAAAGGCUUCACGGCACGGCUCCCCCGCCGCGAACUCUUCGACGCCCGGCUGCAGCUCAUGGCCGAAGACGACGGCACCGAGGCGCACCCUCUCACCGGCCUGUCCACCAGCGACCUCGAGCAAAACAUCUACGAGGGCGGCUACAAAACCUGGGAAUGCAGCCUCGAUCUCGUGCGGUUCCUGCUGGACCGCGGCCCGCGAAAAGACCUCGACGACCUCAUGCGCGUGGACCACGUGAUCGAAAUGGGAUGCGGCAGUGCGCUGCCCUCGCUGCUGCUGUUCAUGUACGCGCUGCGGAACCAGCUCUCCAUGUAUUUCACGCUUACCGAUUACAACGAGGAUGUGCUGAGGCUGGUCACGCUGCCGAAUCUGCUGCUCGCGUGGACAGCGACGCUGGACGACGAGCAGAGCCGCACGCUUUUUCCAGACGGAAACCCGCUUGCAGGUCUGGCGUCCACCUUGGGAUCUGAGAGUGCGGCUGAGCCGAGUACGGGCAAGAGUGAAGAAGAAAAGAAAGAAGGAGAAGAAGACCAUGAGGAUUUAUACAUUACUCCCGCCCUUCUUCAGGCUUUCUCUUCCGCCCUCGCUGCAACGGGUAUAUCGCUUACUCUGAUUUCGGGCUCGUGGGCCCCAACAGAUGCGUUGUUGCCGCUGGUUCCGUCGGUCCCUGAGCUCAAUACGUUUAUCCUUGGCUCGGAAACCAUAUACAGUCCAGCAUCCCUGACGGCGUUUGCCGACGCCAUUGUAGCGCUCAUGGGGCGCGUCAAGACGGGCAAGACGGUGGUAGCUGCGAAGCGUGUGUAUUUUGGCGUUGGCGGCAGUGUCGACGGAUUCAGGGAGGAGUGUAGUCGGAGAGGCUGUGUAGCGAGUGAGGUGGAGUUUGAGGGGCUGGGCGAGGGCGGUGUGAGGAGGUGUUUGGUUGAGGUGCAGAUGUACUAG